CCCGAUGGUACCGCCGGAUGUGCUACUUGGAUCAAACCAGUGCCCUCAGUCGAGAAGUGUUCCGUAGCGAUACCUCUAGGAAGCGUGAAAUUUCCCGGCACAUUAGUUUCUACUCGAGCACGAUUCAUCCGUUUAGCUACCUGAGGUUUUGUUGGGAAUGCAUCAUGAUUGUUACGUUUGCCACCGCCUUCAUAUUCAUCCCGUAUGACGUGAUAUUCCUGUUCCGGCCGGAAGAUUACCAUCCAUUGACAUGGUUUCACCACAUUGUACUUACAUUUGACGCGAUUUGCCUGAUCGACAUCUGCUUCAGCAUACGAACCGGAUUCUACGACCGGGAGCGUCAACACGUGGAGUUGGACCCUUGCAAGAUAGCCAACCAAUACGCGCUUAUGUGGUUCUGGAUCGACCUGAUUAGUUCGGCACCGGAUCCGCUGUUCACGAGAUUUAUCGUAUCGAAGAAAGCUCUACAAUAUUCAUUCUUUGAUUGCCUUCGGGAGCACAACUUCCGCUUCGGAUGCUUUUGGGACUUUUGGAACGUUUUGUCUAUGUUGAAGAUUUUCCGGAUGAAGACAUUCCUGCGAUACAUUGGGAACGUUUGUCGUCGGUUUGGAUUGCGACGAAAUAUCAUGAAGUUCACGACUAUCGCAACGGUUAUCGUGCUCUGCUUGCAUUGGGCUACUUGCGUGAUGUUCCUGGUAGCGAGAUUUCGGCAGGGUACCGAUCCGGAAUUGGUCGAUAAAAAUUCUUGGAUUAGUCAAGCGGAUAUUUGGGACAAGAAACCUUUUCACCAAUACAUUGAAUGCUUCUUUCGAACCCUCUACACGAUGGGAUUGGUAACGCAUUCAAUGGAUCAGUUUAUGACCGAUGAUGACAUCCUGGUGUCUUUGGUGUUCAGCAUUCUAGGAUAUCUGUUGAAGAUCUACGUUUUGGCAGAGUUGUUGAUCUUCAUAAGGAUUAUGUUCUCCAGCACAAGCAUGUACUAUGAACACCGUCACGAGCUUCAAGACUACAUCCGAUCGGAACAGCUUCCACAGGACCUAGAAGAUCGAAUUCUCUGUUUCCACGAUCACCGUAUUUCCAAUCGCUACAGUCGCAAAAGCCAGAUCGACGUUUGCUCCGGGAAGCAAUUCCACCUGGGAAUUCGAGAAGAGAUCUGUGGAAACAUAUUGAAUGGAAUUUCACUGUUUCGUGACACCAUGACGCCGGAAAUGCUGCGCUGGCUGUUGAAUAAUUUACAAUAUCAGUUGUUCCUGAAAGACGAUAUUCUUGUGAAUGCUUCUGAGGGCAGCGACGGGGCCAAAAUGAUAAUGGUCAUUCAAGGAAGCGUGGCCGUUUACACGCCAAAUUGGAGAGAAGUUCUGCAUCUUGAAGAUGGUGAGCACUUUGGAGAAUACCAGUUGGUACUCGGAAGUCCAUUAAUGAAAUACUCAAACAUUGUGGCUGUAGAAACUAGCGAGGUAUACCUGCUAACCAAAGCAGCUUAUGUGGAAAUGUUGCUGCAAUAUCCUGCAUUGGAAGAAACCAUUACGGCGCUGGCUCAGGAGCGCUACGAAACUUUGACGGCCCUGGAGCGCGAAGUGGUACUGGAAACUAUUCGAGAAGCGGAAACCAUUAGGCGGACAAAGUUUUUCGGAUAGAGUUGAAUUGGUUUCACUUGGUGAAGCGAGUAGAAAAUGGGACUGGGAUGAGAAAAUUGGUGAAUAGUGGAAACGUUUUGAUCAUUAGAAGUUGUACUAUUGAUUUUUAAACACUUUCAAAACCUGUAACCCGACUUCUUGAUCGUUACGCAA